GUUCGCGGCCAGGUAUUCCCCACCGGCGUUUGACACGGCGCGGGGCAAUGUCUGCUUCCCCCUCUCACUCCAGCAGGUUUUACCUCGUUGGCCGUGUAAACGUUUGUCUCUGUCUCGUAUUUCGUUGGCAUCCCAUUUAGAGGUGUCUGCCCCUGUGUGCUCAUCCGGCUUUUUCCCCACAUCGGUCAGUGACCAUCGGGGAAGAGAAACGGCGGAAGAGAAUGGAGUUUGGGUGGGAUGAGCCAGGGAGAGGGGGAGGGAAUGAAGGUGAGAGUGCACAUGCGGGGCAUGAUAUAAUAGGGAGGAGUGAUCACCACGCUUCAGUCACUACUUGGCUUCAGCACGCUGCUGGCAACGACAACCCACACAACCCGGCUCGCGACGCCCACUCCCGCACUCUAGCAUUGCCGCCGAGACUGUCUCCCCACCGAGUGCAUUUGUCUCCUCGCCGCUUGUCGCUCCGUUAUCUCCAGCCCCCGCGAAGAUGCAGCUCGUGUUGGCCUGUCUCGCUGCGGUGCUAUCCCACGUGUCGGCCCAAAGUGGAAACUCUCUGUCAGAUGGCGGGGCCAGAGGGAAAUGCAUCGCGCCUUACGACGUGGGGAUUUGCAUUGGGCAGGAGGAGGCUUGGUACUACAACGAGGAGGAAGAAAGAUGCAUAUUUUUCGUCUACUCUGGCUGCGGUGGGAAUGCAAACAGGUUCGGCAGCAAGCAGGAGUGUGAGGAGGCCUGCGUGGAGCACUACUGCCCGGAGAUCGACUGUCCACCCUCUUGCAGGAUCGCCACGGGGACCGACGGGUGUGAGGUCUGCGCCUGCACGCGAGAGGAGGCCGCGGCGGUGUGCAGGCAGCCCAUGAAGCGUGGCUACUGCAGGGCGCUGCACCACAAGUGGGCAUGGUCCCAGGCCGAUCACACCUGCGUCUCGUUUGUCUAUGGGGGCUGCGGGGGGAACGAAAACAGUUUCGACUCCAAGGAGACGUGCUUGCAGGUGUGCAGCGCGGUGAGGAACAUCUUGUAGGCGGCCACCCUUCGCGGACCACAACGUGGGACAACAAGAUCUGUGCCUUCUGGAGUCAUUGGUCUUCUGACAGUCUUCUUCAGCAGAUAUUUAAGUCAGGAAGAAAGAAAAUACACCAAGACCCAAGGCUGAUGCAGAGUAUUCCCUACAUAGAGUUAAAGUUUCAACACAUCAUUUAUGCCAAUCCAGUUAACUUGAGGGUCCACACCAAGCCACGAAGAAAAUGACAACAUGCAUCGAGAGGUGUUUACUUGGUGGAUAUGUCAGUCACGCUGCACACAGAAGGGGAAAGGAAGGAAUGGGAUAGGGGGGUAAAGAGGAGAGAGAGGGGACAGCGUCUGAUGAGAAUUGAGAAAAAAACCUGCAUAAUUUAGAAAGCUACAAUGAAUGUUACACUCUCCCUUAUACGUUUGACACACACACACACACGCACACACACACACACACACUCCCAAUACACUCACACAUAUACAGACGGCAAGCAGACAGCCAUACAUAUAGGCGAGCGUUGAGACAGACAUACAGAGGGGACAGGAGGGGAGGGAAGAACAGUAUGGCGUGCCUGGCAGCGCCGGGAGGGAGGGAGCUAGACGGAGAAAGGUGCGGUAGGUCCUGUGGUAAUGUGUGCCGCUGUCUGUAGGUGGUUGAACUAGGCUUGCAGGUGUGUGUAGAGGGAUGCAGGUGUGGAUGCGUGUGUGUGUGGGGUGGGUGGGAGGGUGGGUGGUGUUGGCGCCGCUCUGUUACACUUCCUGGCUGAUUAACAUUCUCUAGCUUUUUAGUUUUGUUCAAGUUUUUUUUUUAAUGUUUUCUCCUUCAUGUUUUUAUUUUUAUUUUUGGUGUGUGUUUAGUGUUAUCUUGGUAUUUUUAUUUAUUUCAUCCUUUAUGACUAGUUUUAUUCCUUUUUUCUUUACUUCUGAUUGUUCUUUCUCUCAUUAAUCAUAGAAAAUGAUGUAAUGAAUUUAUUGCUGCUUAUUAUUAUUAUUAUUAUUAUUAUUAUUAUUAUUAUUAUUAUUAUUAUUAUUAUUAUUAUUAUAGCCGCCGUUAGGUUCCGUUGUUAGAUGCUUCGUUACUAGGAAAAUACACGUUUUCCUGUUCUCGUUACCACAGUGUUGUCGUUCCAUAGUCAUUCCAUGUGAUAAUGUGAUCCACGUUACCAACAUAUAUUUUAUGUUAAUAUAAGAUAAAUAAAAUACGCUUAGUACACACGUUUAAUAUUAAUUAAAUAUAUUCAUAUGUAAUUUUUCACCAUGACAAACACUUAAUAAAAGGCUGUUAUGUG